CUCCCUAUAUAUACUAACUAGUCCCACUCAUUUUCCAUCCAUCUCCAAAUCAAAUUAAAUUCCAUACUCCAACAAUUUUUGCUUCAAAUCCUCACAAUCUUAUAUUCAUUAUUCCACCAUGCAAACCAAAGAGAUUAAUACAGGACUCAAUUAUUUACUCCCAUAUUCAGAUCCAUCUCCCUAUCCACCAUGUAACUAUAACAUGAUCCAAAACACCAUCCAAACACCUCAACAUCCAAAACUCUCCAACCAAUUCUAUGGUUUCAACCAAAACCCUAUUCAAAUUCUCCAAGACUUCAGUCCUCCAUCCUCAUGCAUAAGCAGCAACUCAACUUCCGACGAAGCGGACGAACAAAACCUAGGUCUAAUCAACGAAAGAAAACAUCGAAGAAUGGUAUCGAACCGAGAGUCAGCACGCCGGUCGCGAAUGAGGAAACAAAAACAGCUUGAUGAGCUUUGGUCACAAGUUGUUUGGCUAAGGAAUGAAAAUCAUCAAUUACUAGAUAAGCUCAACAAUUUCUGUGAGACUCAUGAUAAAGUUGUCCAAGAGAAUGUUCAAUUGAAAGAACAAGCUUCGGAACUUCGACAAAUGGUGUGUGAUAUGCAGUUACAUAGUUCUUGUCUUCCUUUGAGUCCUCUUGAAGAUGUUCCUAGCAUCACUUCACCAAAUGUUAAAUCUGAUUCUUCAAACUAAUAAAUCACAAGUUCUGUUGAUUUGUUAGGGUAAAUUUGAAGAUAAGAGUCACAAGAGCAAGUUUUAAUAACUCUUCAAUUUUUCAUCUUUUAGUUCUUCUGUUUUUUUGAGUUCUAUGAGGUGAAACCAUGAAAGGCAAUAACAUGUUUUGUUUAAUUUGAGUAUCUUUAUUUUAAGUUUAUGCUCAUUAACUUUA